CUCGUCGGCGGAGCUCUCCAAAGUGCUGAAACCUCCGGGCCGCCAAGAUGCCGCGCUCCUUCCUGGUCAAGAAGACCAAAGCCGACGCCUUCCAAGGCGGAGCGGGCCAAGACGAGGAGGAAGAGGAGGAGGACGGAGAGGAGGAGGAGGAGGAGGAGGAGGAGGAGGAAGGCGAAACCCCCGUCUACCACCCCUUGGAAACUUCCUACCCAGAGCUGCCCUCCGGAGCCAGGCUGGGGGGCGCCGAGCCCGCAGAGAUGGGUUAUCUCCAAAGUUGCCUCUCAUCGUCCGGCUAUAAGAACGAGAAGAAGAAGCCGGGGCUCCACUUGCCCUCCUCGGACCCGAUCUACGUGCCAAUCCAUGAGGAUUACAGCGACCCGGAGAGCCCCCAGUCCAGCCUCUCCUCCCACUACUUCCAUGGCGAGGCUGCCGUCACCGAGAGCUACUCGAUGGAUGCCUUCUUCAUCACCGACGGGCGCUCCCGGCGCCGGAGUGAAGGCCCUCGGCGGGGGAACCACCGCCACUCCUGCAAUGAGUGCGGCAAGACCUAUGCCACGUCGUCCAACCUCAGCCGGCACAAGCAGACCCACCGCAGCCUGGACAGCAAGAUGGCGAGGAAGUGCCCAACCUGCAACAAGGCAUAUGUCUCUAUGCCAGCGCUGGCCAUGCACAUCCUGACCCACAACCUGAAACACAAGUGCGAUGUCUGUGGUAAGGCUUUCAGCCGGCCCUGGCUGCUGCAAGGACACAUGCGCUCCCACACGGGCGAGAAACCUUUUGGCUGCUCUCACUGCGGCAAGGCCUUUGCUGACCGCUCCAACCUGCGAGCCCACAUGCAGACCCACUCAGCCUUCAAGCACUACAAGUGCAAGCAGUGCGAGAAGACCUUCGCCCUCAAGUCGUACCUCAACAAGCACUACGAGUCGGCCUGCUUCAAGGGGGCUGAGCACAGCUGCGAAAUGGAAAACUGAGAGGCCCUUUCCUCUCGUCCUGGGAGCAAAAGGGACCCCCGCCAGCCACAUUCAGGGAUCCGAAGUUAAGCAAAGAAAGCAAAAGGAGAACACGAGUGCAACCAAACCGAUCCAGCUUUCUCAGCUGCUUUUAACAUAUCCUGGUUUCCUGCCCACUUCCACCUUUGUCCUCAGCUGACUCCAAUUGCUGCAAAAUGAGUCCUAAUUGGAAAACUAGUUUGCACAUGGUUAACUCAGCAGAACAGAGAGGAGCAGAUUGAAUCUUGCGCUUCCCUGUAGACUCAAGCAAAAGGAAACUGCUGCAGCACCUCCACGCUUGUCUGUUCUUCCAUAAUAAUAAUUCUGGCUACUUGGACCCACUCUGACGUUGCUUUACCACACAUAUCCCAGUUUUCCAUUACAAAAGGUUAAAAGGUAUGGCAACCUCAGGGCUUUGGGAAUGAACUGCAAAUCAUUCAGUUAGGAGAAGGAUGUUCUUGGAGAGAACCUUGGAUGUUGUCAGUUCACUGGAUGCUCUUCCUUCAUCCAACACUUUUAUGAGUUUGGAAGGAGAUUGACAGUCAACACUGAGCUCCAACAACAUUUGAAUCCUGUUUUCUUUUUUUCCCUCCUCCCUUUUCCAUAUCAUCAACUGAAGCAAUAACGUUAUCCGGUCUUGCUGGAAAGGGUCGGAUGUUCUCCGAAGCAAGGCGACACUUGACUGUUUUUCAGGAUUGCUGAAAGAGAAGAAGAAAGACGGGAUCUCUUUUCUCUUUUUCAGACAACUCGGGGCGGGGUGGGGUGGGGACUGUGGGUUUAUUUAUUGUUUAAUUUAUUUACAGUAUUUAUUUCAGUGCUGCUCCUUCUCCCCUUUUCGGGGGGAAGAACAAAACGUUUCAGUGUCGCGCUCUUGGGAAGCGGCUGCCUCGGGAGUACAGAACAAAUGCAUAUAAGCUGUGAAAACCUGACAAAGGGGAUUGUGAAAAUGGGGUUGUGUGUGUGUGUGCUGCUGUCGAAUGUCAGGUACGGAAUGGUUCAGUGAGGCGUCUGUUCACGGUUUUGAACGCAAGGAAGAGAUUACCAUAUUAUCUACUGAGUGUCGUGAAAAUGGGAUUUUCUUUUGUAUUUGAAUGAAGGAUCUGAGAUGCGCAGCAAAAAUAGCUGGACGGGAGGGAGAAUUUCUUAGCACAUGCAUGAUUGCCAGGUGGGGUACGAUACUCUGUAAAUGAAUGCAUAUGAAACAGGCUUGCCAAACUUGGUUACCGUUCGCACCAAGACAAAACAUCCAGAUUGGUAUUACAUAUAGCUUGAGAGGCAACUGGAAAUUUAAUUCAGACAUCAAACUAGGAUAAGUCUCAUCCAGUGAGCUUGAUGGAAAAAUAAUAGUGUAGGCAUGUAUUGUUCUACCAUUGUUUGCUUUCAAGUUGUUUCUUACUUAGAGCAACUCAAGGGUGAACUGAUUCUGGGGUUUUCUUGGCAAGAUUUGUUCAUUGCCUUCCUCUGAGGCUGAGAAGUGUCCGCUGCUUAGUUUGCUAGACUUAGGUGCACUGGAAAAUGAAUGCAGUCUGACACAAUUUUAAUUUCCAUGGCUCCAUGUGAUAGAAUCCUGGGAGUUGUAGUUUGGUGAGGGAUCAGCACUCUUUGGCAGAGAAAGCUGAAGACCUUGUCAAACCUCAACUUUGACGAUUUCAUGGCAUUGUGGAAGUUAAAGUAGGGUCAAACUGGAUUAAUUUUACAAUACAGAUCACCUUAAAGAGUGAUUGUGAAUACAGAAUAGUUACAGAUGAAUGAGAGUCCAUCCUGAAUUAUUGAAAUGUUCUAGAUUUUGUUCCUCUUCUUAUCCUGGGUUAAAAUAAAUUGACCAGGAGUACAUCUACCAGGGACAAAAUCUGGAAAUUUCUGGCAUUUUCAAUUACAGUAGAGUCUCACUUAUCCAACAUAAACGGGCCGUCAGAACGUUGGAUAAGUGAAUAUGUUGGAUAAUAAAGAGGGAUUAAGGAAAAGCCUAUUACACAUCAAAUUAGGUUAUGAUUUUACAAAUUAAGCACCAAAUCAUCAUGUUUAACAACAAAUUUGACAGAAAAAGUAAUUCAAUACGCAGUAAUGCUAUGUAGUAAUUACUGUAUUUACGAAUUUAGCACCAAAAUAUCACGAUGUAUUGAAAACAUUGACUACAAAAAUGGCUUGGAUAAUCCAGAACGUUGGAUAAGCGAGUGUUGGAUAAGUGAGACUCUACUGUAGUUAGGUUGCAAACUAAAUCUAGAUAUGUUGUCAAAGGCUUUCAUGGCCAGGAUCACAGGGUUGUUGUAUGUUUUCCGGGUUAUAUGGCCAUGUUCCAGAAGUAUUCUCUCCUGAUGUUUCGCCCACAUCUAUGGCAGGCAUCCUCUGAGGAUGCCUGCCAUAGAUGUGGGUGAAUCAUCAGGAGAGAAUACUUCUGGAACAUGGCCAUACAACCCAGAAAAUAUACAACAUCCCUGUAAAUCUAGAUAAUUCAUCAUUCCUACUUAAGUCACAACUGUGACACUGUUGUCACAAUUGUUACUCCACCCCAGUCUGCUUUGUCAGCAUCAACUGCAUGGAGAGAAGGAGAAUGUUUUCAUUAGGUUUGUGGAGGUCAGGGCAGGAGAGGUUACUGUGAGUGCAUCUACACUGUUGAAUUAAUGCAGUUUGAUACCACUAUAAUUGUCACAGCUCAGUGCUAUGGAAUCCUGAGAGUUGUAUAGUUUGGUGAAGCACCAGUCCUUAUUGGCAGGCUACAGACCUUAUAAAACUACAAUGCCCAUGAUUCCAUAGCAUUGUGCAAUGGUAGUUAGAGUAGUGUGAAGCACUCUUGAGUACCCUUCAGGUGAGAGAAAGCAGACUAUAAAUAUAAUAAAUAGGCAAAGAUAUUCCCCUGACAUUAAGUCAUGUCUGACUCUGGAGGUUGGUGCUCAUCUUCAUUUCUGAGCCGGCAUUGUCCAUAGACACCUCCAAGGUCAUGUUGCUGGCAUGACUGCAUGGUACACCGUUACCUUCCUGCCAGAGUGGUACCUAUUGAUCUACUCACAUUUGCAUGUUUUUGAACAGCUAGGUUGGCAGAGGCUGGGGCUAACAGCAGGAGCUCACCCUACUCCCUGGAUUCGAACUGUUGACCUUUUGGUCAGCAAGUUCAUCAGCUUAGCAGUUUAAUCUGCUGCGCCACUGGAGGCUCCAAAUAUAUCAAUAGUGUCGAACAGCAUUAAUUUUACAGUUUAGAUGCACCUUUUGUUAAAUUAGGCCCCAUCUAUACUACCAUAUAUGCAGUUUGAAACAGUGUACCCUCAUAUGAAUCAGUUUCAAACUGCAUCAUAUGGCAGUAUAGAUGAGGUCUUAGCAUUACUCAGCUAAAUAGUUGGUGUAGAAUACUGGUCACAACAAUGUAUACGUUUCGACAACUCCUGCUGAAAUUCCCUCUUCGACGCAAGGAACUCUCAACAAUUUUCCAUCUUAGAUCAUAGAAUCAUAGAAUAAUAGAGUUGGAAGAGACCUCAUGGGCCAUCUAGUCCAACCCACCGCCAAGAAGCAGGAAAUCGCAUUCAAAGCACCCCCGACAGAUGGCCAUCCAGCCUCUGCUUAAAAGCCUCCAAAGAAGGAGCCUCCACCACACUCUGGGGCAGGGAGUUCCACUGCUGAACAGCUCUCUCACAGUGAGGAAGUUCAUCCAGACCCAGUCUAGGUUAUCUGGAAAUUCUAAUGGAUGUAAUCUAGAUCUGGAGUUGAAGGAUCUCUUUGUUCAUCAGUUUUACGGAGGAACCUUUGAGCAUCUUCCAUAACUCUGCAGGAAUAUGGGAGAAGGGGAGCAUUGCAUUUAAAUAAGAAUUCUUCCUCUUGAAUGGCAUUUCCCUUAAAAUUUCUAGCAUUACAGAGAGUGAGAGACAUUGAAAAUUAACCACCUUCGGGAACAUAAAGUACUAUUCUAUUCCACCAUCAUGGUCCUUCUAUUACUUUGAAUGACUCUUUAUUAUUCUUUGAAUGCCUAGAGUAUACUUCUAAAUAUUCCGUUGAAGUUUUAAAUUUCUGAAAUGCUAGAAAAUUGGGACUGAAAAAGUUUCAAAAGGGGGCAGAUUUGUUAUUUGGUGGACAAAGUCCUCCCUUUGCUAACCCGCAAUGCUCAGGCCUUGUCUAAACUGGCCCAGAUCCCCAAUCAGGACCCAAAGGCAAAUUCAUGGCCCAAUUUACACUGCCAUAUAAUGCAGAGUAACUGCAUUGAACUGGAUUAUAUUGCACUGUAGAAGACUCACAUAAUCCAGUUCAGUCUGCAUUAUAUGAGUUUGCACUGACCAUUGUAACACAGUAUGUUGUCGAAGGCUUUCAUGGCCAGGAUCACAGGGUUGUUGUGUGUUUUCCGGGCUGUAUGGCCAUGUUCCAGAAGUAUUCGCUCCUGACGUUUCACCCACAUCUAUGGCAGGCAUCCUCAGAGGUUGUGAGGUAUGAAGAAACUUUCUCCAUACUUUCUCCAUACCUCACAACCUCACAACCUCUGAGGAUGCCUGCCAUAGAUGUGGGCGAAAUGUCAGGAGAGCAUACUUCUGGAACAUGGCCAUACAGCCUGGAAAACACACAACAACCCAUUGUAACACAGUUCAACUGAUUUAUAUGACAUUGUAAAUGGGGCCUUAGAUAUCCAAAAUGAUACCCAAGGAUUUCCAGAUUAUAAUGUGGGGUAAACUGUGUGUUUCAAUGAGGUUUCAAUGAUUCAGCUAUUCUACCCAAUGAUAGGGCUGGUCACUGUGGCACAACAGACCUAUUCAUUUUUUUGUGAUUUCAGUAAGGCAAAGGAUUGAAAAGGUCAAGAAGGAGAGUCCAGUUGAUUUUCAUGUAGCUGUUUCUCAGAUAUUUAUUGCAUUGUUAAGAAUCUGGUUCAGCAGUGGUGGCAUUUUGGAGCACAUCAUGGUUUGCUUCUGCAAAACUGCGAUGGUCCAUGGCCACGUCUACUCCAUGCCUAUGUUCUCCCUCUGGCUCCAGCAAAUGGGGAUGGUGUGGCCCAUUUUUCUUGGCAUUUCAGCAAAUCUGGAAGCCUCUCUGCUCAGCUCUCUCCUUGGCACCUUUGCCAGCCAAUCGGAGGCACGGGAUCGGGGUGCUAUUCACACCAUUCAUGUGGGGAAGGGAGUGUGGGGUGGGGGGAGGAUUUGAAUGGCCCAUCUGUUUCCUUUUGACGAGGAAGUUCUUUUUAAAAGAAGAAGGGAAAAAAAUCCGAGCGAAUGAGAAGGGGGCAGCUGCUGCCAUAAAUUUAGAAAUAUCUAUUUAAAUGUUCUAAUUUAUCCUAUUUAUGCUAUUUAUUCUUUACCAACUCAUAAGGGGAGCGGGUGGGGAGGGGGGAGGAAGUGGAAAAAAUGUAUUUUCUUUGCAUGCAUGCAUUUUAGUCAAGAGGGGGUUGAUGUCGGUAGCAGGCAGCAGAUGCAUGAGAUAAGGCUAGCAGCAGAUGAUAUUUGCGCAGUGAUUGUUUAAAAAGAAGAAGAGAAAGAAAAGAAAAAAACAGUUCAGAGGAAUCUGAAAAGCAGGAUCUCAUCUCAUCCAUUGACUUUCAUCUAUGUCCAACAGGGUUUUUGUAGUCUUUUAAAGAAACACUAUUUGGCCAGAACGUAAGUCACUGAACUGCCUUAUACUGAGUGAAAGCUUGGAAACAUUGCUUUUUGGGGAGAACCAUCCCCAGCAUCCCCAGCAAGCAUGGCCACUUGGGUUCUGGGAGCUGUAGUCCAGGAAUGGGAACAUCUCAAACUCCCCACUUCAUCAGAAAUUUGGUUCACCCAGCCCUAGUGUUGCAGGAUGGGGACCAUAUAACCCUCCCAAUGCAUUCCAGCAUUCCUCAUCACUUGCUACAUGGUUACAAUCCAUUGAAUAUUUUUUCCCCCUCUGAAUCACAGUGUAGCUAUGAGGGUAGAGUUAGAAUGAAGGCAUUGUCCCCUAUGUAAGAAUUCUUCUCACCCAUCCCAAGAAGUUUUCACCCAGUCCCCAGAGUUCUUGCACUGCUGAGAGAUACCAAAUUUUGUCCGCACUCUUGGAAUGAAAAUGGGAUCAUAGUGCUAUAAUUAUGUCCUGUGAAAAGGUCCUUGGAGGCAGUGAAAAGGGCAAUUCGCUCUUAUUUUACAAUCAGAGAAAGGGUGGUUUGAUGAAUUUAGAAGUACAGUAGCGUCUCACUUAUCCAACAUAAACGGGCCGGCAGAAUGUUGCAUAAGCGAAGAUAUUGGAUAAUAAGGAGGGAUUAAGGAAAAGCCUAUUAAAUGUCAAAUUAUGUUAUGAUUUUACAAAUUAAGCACCAAAACAUCAUGUUUGACAACAAAUCAACAGAAAAAGCAGUCCAAAGCAUGGUAACGUUAUGUCGUAAUUACUGUAUUUAUGAAUUUAACACCAAAACAUCGCAAUAUAUUGAAAACAUUGACUACAAAAACAUUGGCUACUAACAAAUUGACUACAAAUAAAGAUAGAAUUGCAUAAAAUGAACUUACAGUAGCAACAUUGUCGGAAAUUAAAUCCAUAAAAAGUUCAAUCCUUGCUGUCUAGAGAAACAGUUUUGGAUUGGGGCAGGUGGCAAACUGCGUUGGAUAAUCCAGAAUGUUGGAUAAGCAGAUGUCGGAUAAGUUGGACUCUACUGUACCAUGAAUUCCAGUCUUGGAUGAGGGCCCAAGCUGCUCCAAUCUAGUUAUCUCUCUGCCUCUUGGCCACUAUUUUAUGGGUCAAUAAAUGAGAAUAUGUUUAAGGCCCCAUCCACACUGACCACUUAAUGCAGUUGGUAUUGGAAAAAGUGGUUUCAUUAUGUAGACAAUUACAUAGGAAAUCCUGGAACCAGACUGAAGCCCGUAUGAUGAUAACACAAAGCACUGAUGUGCAUUAAAGGGUUUCUUUUGUGCACUUUUGUGGGAGUUUGUUGUCUGGCCACUGCAAGUUGCAUUAAGUGGUCAAUGUAGAUGGGGCUAUAGGAACAUAAGUCACCUUUAAUUCUCUCUUUUAAAAAAUGUAUUGUCUAUCUGUAGCCAAUGUUACCAUCAGAGUAAGACUUUGGGGCAGAAUUGGGAGCAAAGGGGCAAGGGGAAACUUCAAAGAUAGCAAGGCUCACUUAUCUUCUAAAGAGCCUCAUGCCGGGGGAUACCAUGUCCCAACUGCACUGAAUUGAUUACUGAAUGAAGAGUUGAUAUAUAGGUCCACCCAAGUGAUUCCAUGUUUGGCUCAGGUUAGGACUUAGAUGGGAUUGAGUUCCAUGAAAUCCAGAGUCUAAAGUUAGCUAAUUGCGUUGCUGUCUCCAAUAUAAGAGUUAAGAGUUGAGGAAGGCCACUUUUGCUUCACCAGUGUAUUUUUCAUAGACUCUUAUAUUUCAUAGACUUGGAAAAUGCUACAAGAGUUGCCUAGUCCAACCUUCUGCUGUUGUGGGGCAACAAGAUAAAACUGUAUACUGUAACUGUAUGAGCAAAAGCCAUGAUGGGAAAGAAAUGCUUUGGGGGAAAUAACUUUUCUGUAUCACUGUCCCCUUCUUAAUGGUCUGUGUUUUGGACUAGAGUCGUUCAAUUCAAUUGAAGCAAAGCAUCUAUGUCAAAACAUCAGCUCCUUCUUCCUGCUCCUCCAUGGCUGCAACUUCAGGAAAUGGGAGCCCAUUGGCCAUCUCUAUGCAACUCUCCAGGUGGACACUCUGCCGCCUGCCUCAAUUUGUGCCAUUUGGGCAUUUGGGAACUUUUGGCACCGACGACAACAGUGAUGGCUUUGCCCCUGGAUGACUACAUGUCUUCCCAGGAUGGACACCAAUCUCUCAGAAAGGAAGUAUCUCAGACACAAUGGGACAUCACCCACAGAGACAUCAUCUGCUCUAGAACGCAUCUGAUUUUCUACCUCGGACUCUACAAAACUCCACUGGCUAAUUGACUUGGUUGUCACCGUGGUUGUCUGACAAUGUGCCCAUGCCAGGAGUGUCAAGGCCACAACUCAUCAAGCAUUGUCAGUAUACAAACCUUUGACAACACCACCCAUGAGGAACACACCUGUGUUGCAUACAGUUCAAACUCAUGGGGAAUAUGUUCUUGGACAUAACCUAGGUACACGAAGCCAUGGAUAAGUCAAUCCUAUUGGAAUGAAGGACUUCUGGCCUAAUAAUACCAUUGUUAUGUUAGAAAAUGCCUACAUUGGCCAUAUUUUGCCAGAAUGGGGACAAAUGAAAUCACAGUAUAGAUCCCACAUAUACAGGGGUUGUACUGUAUACGCUUCCAAAAAUAUCUUAUCAGAGAACUGCUCUUAGGUGCUGUUGGAACACUGUAGUUAGCAGUCAAAAGCUCUAGUGACCUCCAAUAAUCUACCCUAUAUACACAUGUAUAAGUCUGCAAAUGUUAGUCAAAAACAUAACCCUGGGUCAACUUAUCCAUGUGUCAAGGUGAGCACUGUAUCUUAAUUCUUAUCCAAAAAGGAACCAUUCUUUCUUUGGAGCAGUGUUUCUUGGCUUCUAGAAAUCCCAGCUCCUAGACUUCUGCUCCUAGAAAUCCCAGCCAGCUUACCAGCUGUUAGGAAUUGUGGGAACUGAAGUCCAAAACAUCUGGAGGAGAAGAGUUUGAGAAACACGGCUUUGGGGCUUUUCAAAUGCCUGGCAGCAGUGGUGUUUUCCCUUCUCUGUUGAAUGACCCUCAACUUAUCCAUCGGUCACUUCAAAAUCUAUAAUUUGGGUUCCAAACUUUGCCCUUAACCCAUACAUGAGUAUAUAUGGUAAUUAAAAAGAGGCUCAAUGUUCUGACUUUGCAGAAGUAACUGGUGUAAAGGUCACACUGAUACCUUUACUUUUACUCCUUGUUGGGCAUGCAAAAGUGUCACAGGCUUCUAGUUUUAAUUCCAGGGCAGGAGAUAUGCCUCAGCUUCCCCAAGUUUGGGAAAGACUGCUUAGAGGUCCUUGGGCAGUUUGCCGAACAAUGCAUUCUCCUAUGUUUGUGAUUUCUUUUCAUAAUCUUCCAAUAUGGCUCAGAGGCACAUAUCACUCCAUCAGCUGCGUUGAGAUUUUUCUUUUAUGUAAGGCUGUAGCUACACUGUCAAAUUAGUGCAGUUUGACACAACUUUAACCAGCAUGGCUCAGUGCUGUGGAAUCAUGAGAACUGUAGUUUUAUAAGGUGUGCAGCCUUCUCUUGCAAAGAGUGCUGGUGCCUUACCAAACAACAACCUUCACGAUUAAACAGCAUUGAGCUAUAGCUAUUAAACUGUUGUCAAAUGCCAUUAAUUUUACAGUGUAGAUGCACCUUGAAUAGGCAAUGCAGUCUUUCUCAUAGUAGGAACUGGGGGAAUCUUAGCUAGGGAUGCAAAUUCUUGCAAGCAAGAAUGAAUAUUAUCAUUAUUAUUUUAUUCAUUCUAAAUCCAGUCUCUCUCUCUCAAUAAGGAGACUCAAAGUGACUUACAAGAGUAUAGCAAUACAGGCUGUUUUAUCAUUUUUCUCCUUGUAGUGAGGAUGUCAGUGAAAACUGCAAAAUUUCCAAAAACUUUUCAACCAUUUGGAACCCAUUGUGUACAAGUAAUGCCAUUGUUUUAUUUGUUUUAUGCACAGCAAACACAAUUUUCUAUAGAGAAAACAAGUUCUCUGUGCAAGAAACGGAACAUUUUGAGCCUCAAAAAAGUUCUUUCUUGUUCUGAAACUGGCUUUCUAUGCGGAAAGUGUCUUUCUCUGUUGGAAAAAAAGCCACACGUGUUUCUUUUACGCAAAAUAAAUCCUGGACUGCAAAGAUCCGCACUUCUCAAGCACUCUCCUUCUCAGGGUCUUCCAACAAUCCAGAAGUCUUUUGUUCCAACCGUUUUACAUCGAAAUAUUCUUUCCAUCCCUAACCUUAACUGUUUCCACGUAGAUUGAGUUGUGAGUCUUUGCAGUUUCUUUGAAAGGGAUACAAAAAGCACAAUUGAAGCCCGUUGAAGACUUUCCCUCAGGCAAAAAGUCAAUAUUGGUGCCAUAAUGAUGCUUCAGGAGUUUUGGAAAUGAUAUAUAAGCAUUAUAUAUUGGCACAUAUAUAGACUGUGGAUAUUGACUCCCCAAUGAACCUUCACCUGCUUGUGUUGUCACUUGCCAUUGAUUCAACUUCAGUGUCGUUUCCAACCAGGGAUGAUGGGAUUUGCAGUCCAAUGAUAUCCAGAGAGUCAUGAUUUUGCUUCCUUGAAGGAGAUUUGUUGUUAGUUACUUUGACAUUGGCUUUGAUUUAUGGUGACCCUAUAAAUGAGAGACCUGAAAGACCUCCUGUCCUCUGCUCAGGUCUUGCAAACUCAGGGCAGCCAUGCUCGACUCAAUCCACCAGUAAUGCGGUCUUCCUUUUUUCAUACUGUUUUCCAUGUUGCCAAGCACUGUCUGAGUCAUGAUAUGUCCAAAGUACAACAGCAUCAGUUUCGUCAUUUUGGGUUUUAAGGAGAGUUCAUCCCUGAUUUGCUCUAGAACCCAUUUAUUGGUCUUUUUGCCAUAGAAUUCUCUUCGAGCGCCAUAUUUCAGAUGAGUUGAUCCUUUUGCCAUCCGCUUUCUUCGCCAUUCAGCUUCCAAACCGUAUAGAGAAAUGAGAAAUACAAUGACAUGGAUCUCCUAGUAUGAUUUGGUUCGGAAAAGGUGUCAUCCCCUUCUUCUUUCAGUGUUGGCAAUGCAAGGCAGAUGGUUUUCCAUCCUUAAAGGAGGGCUCCGGGUUUCCUAGUUACUCGCCUGUUGUCUUUGCACUGAGAAUGGUAACGGAAACCCAGUUUCCCUUCGGUGUUUAUACUGUAAAUACGAAAUAACGGCAGCAAUAAUUGUCUCUGCAUGAUAGAGCUUUUUACACGCCAGGUUUUGGACUGGAUCGAUUACCGGGAGAUACAGAUCUUCCCAAAAUGAAACUACCUGCAGUAUUGUAACGCAAUUCAGGGAUAAUAAAGGGCCUUCUUUUUCCGCUA